AUGUGUUUUUUUCUGCAGACUUUGAACCUGGCGUACAGCAGUAUCUUUUCAGCGUACAAGAACUUUGUGGGCCCGCCUCACAUCAAAGUCAUGUGUCGGCUGCUGGGAUACCAGGGCAUCGCCGUGGUGAUGGAGGAGCUGCUUAAAGUGGUCAAAAGCCUGCUUCAGGGGACCAUCAUGCAGUACGUGAAAACUUUGAUGGAGGUGAUGCCCAAGAUCUGCAGGCUCCCGCGUCACGAGUACGGCUCUCCCGGAAUUCUGGAGUUCUUUCAUCAUCAGCUCAAAGACAUAGUGGAGUACGCUGAACUCAAAACUGUCUGCUUCCAAAACCUGAGGGAGGUCGGCAACGCUCUGCUCUUCUGCCUCCUCAGUGAGCAGAGUCUGUCCCAGGAGGAAGUCUGUGACCUGCUUCAUGCUGCUCCUUUCCAAAACAUCCUCCCGAGAGUCCACGUCAAAGACGGAGAACGUCUUGAUGCAAAGAUGAAGCGCUUAGAGGCAAAGUAUACCGCUCUCCACAUGGUCCCUCUGAUCGAGCGCCUCGGGACGCCACAGCAAAUCGCCAUAGCUCGGGAGGGGGACCUGCUGACCAAGGAGCGCCUGUGCUGCGGUCUCUCCAUGUUCGAGGUGAUCCUGACCAGAGUGAGAGCCUUCCUGGACGACCCCAUCUGGCGAGGCCCGUUGCCGAGUAACGGAGUGAUGCACGUGGACGAGUGUGUGGAGUUUCACCGCCUGUGGAGCGCGAUGCAGUUCGUCUACUGCAUCCCUGUGGGCGCACACGAGUUCACUGUCGAACAGUGCUUUGGGGACGGUCUGCACUGGGCCGGCUGUAUGAUCAUCUCUCUGUUGGGGCAGCACCGACGCUUCAACGUCCUGGACUUCAGCUACCACCUGCUCAAGGUCCAGAAGCACGACGGCAAAGACGAGGUCAUCAAGAGCGUGCCGCUCAAGAAAAUGGUCGACCGAAUCCGCAAAUUCCAGGUUCUGAACGACGAGAUCUUCGCCAUUUUGAACAAGUACCUGAAGUCCGGGGACGGCGAGAACAUGCCGGUGGAACAUGUGCGCUGCUUUCAACCUCCCAUCCACCAGUCCCUCGCCAGCAGCUGA